AUGAACAACCCCAAUGAGAAAGCAACAAUGGUGAUAAGAUCUAUUCAAGAAAUCGGACCGGUUAAAUCUUCAAGCAAUGAGGCAGAUCUAAAAUCGUCUAGUGGAGAAGAAGGAAAGGUAAAGUCAGUAGAGGAGCCUUACUGUUUACUUUCUUUCAAAAGAAAAUCCAUCAUAAUAGCAAUUGCCACUGUAACUGGAUGUUUAGGUCCAAUAUCGGGCAACAUUUACGUGCCUAUAUUACCCCAAUUGCAAGACGUGUUUCAAGUUUCAAGAACCACUAUGAACGGAACAAUAUCAGUUUUUAUGGCUGUUUUUGCGUUUGCUCCAUUAAUUUGGGCUUCGUGGGCAGACUAUAGAGGAAGGAAAUUGUUGUAUCUUUUGCCCCUCCUUUUCUUUAUAAUUGCAAAUAUUUUGCUAGCUGCCGUUCCAGCAAAUAUUGGAGCUCUUUAUGUGCUACGUAUAGUGCAAGCUUUCGGUGCCAGCAGCGCCAUAUCUGUUGGAGCUGGUAUAGUGGCUGACAUUAUUGAGCCAAAGAAUAGAGCCAAGGCUAUUUCCAUUUUUAUGUGGGGCCCCCAAUUGGGUCCCGUCUUUGGUCCGUUGUUGUCUAUGAUAUCGAUUGCUUCGUGGAGAUGGAUAUUUGGCUUUUUGGCCAUCCUAGGCUUUGUGGUUUACCUUUGUAUACUUUUCUUGCUUCCCGAGACUUUGCGCUACUUGGUUGGAAAUUGUGCAUGCUACCUGAAUCAUAUGUUUGUCAAGCCUCGCCUAGGUCAGGAAAAGUUGGUGAAGGGGUAUCCCCGCCCACCUAAACCUAGUGUUAACAACUAUUUUCGAUUAAUCAAGUACAAGCCAGUGUUAUUGUGUUCAUUUAAUUCGGGGAUGCUAUUUGCCAGCUUCUACGGGGUUAUGGUUACAUUUGCUCAUGUUUUGCAAGAUAACUACUCGUUCAGUGAUAUAAAUAUUAGCUUUAGCUAUGUAUGCCCUGGUUGUGCUUUAAUUAUUGGUCUGACAAUAGGUGGUUGGUUGUCUGACAAAUUACGUGCCAGAAUGCAAGCAAAGUAUGUGACCUACGUUCCCGAAUAUCGAUUCUCCAUCCAAAUAGUGGGGUUGCUCAUAUCUAUGACUGGUUUAAUUGGUUAUGCCUGGACUGUGGAUAAACAAGCACCGGUUUGGUCUGUGUUUAUAUUUACUUUUUUAACUGGGUUUGGAAUGACCUGGGUAUUUGUAGCAACGACUACAUAUUUGACGGAAUGUGUGCCUGCUCAGCCUAGUGCAAACGUGGCCAUUGGAAAUUUGAUGAGGAAUAUUGCAGCCGCAAUCUGCACUGCUAUCAUUGAUGUUUUGAUCAAGAAGAUGGGGUUUGGCUGGUGCAUGACUGGCCUUGGUCUUUUGAACUUGAUUGGAAUUGGCUUUGUAAUUAUCUUAUUGAAAUUUGGACCACGUUGGAGAAGAGAAUAUUUUGAAGAGAAGUGA